AUGUCGCCAAAUAAUUUAUUUUCACGAUUACGGCUGUAUAAUCGUCGCUAUCGUGAACGUCAAUCACAACAAGCAAAUUCUGAUCAACAAACUUUAUUUUCUCGUACAUCAUCCACCGCAACGAAUACGCCAGGGUCAACUGGCAGACGCUUUUUUACUUCAUUUUCAAAAAAAUUUGAACGUAAUUAUGUAUCAGCAUCAUGUUCAAUGUUUGCUAUUGCGGCAUUGGCCGUUUCUAUGGCCGAUUAUCGUUGGUUCUGGUUAAAUGGUGGUGGCUGCAAUUCGAAAUAUAUCGGGUUAAGCAUGUUUUUUGCUGUGGGAAAAUUAUAUGUCGUUCGAUCAAACGCACCAUGGGAUCCAUCAAUUCCAAAUGAUAUUUAUGAAUUUAAAGUUAAUGAAUAUUUAGAUUUGGUUGGUUGUGUCGACACGCGAUCUAUCUUAGUUUUACGUUUAAUUAUAACAUUAAUUUGUUUAUCCAUCUUCUGUUCAACGAUUGGGUUUCUGCUUGAUGCAUUAGUUCUUCUUUGUACGAUAAUCAGUGGACUAUGUUUCUGGGCAUCUGAAUUGAUUUAUGAUAUACAAGAUAAAAAUCGUUCAAAAAUUGGAAAAAAAGUUGAAGUGCAUUUUGAUGUUGCCUAUUAUUUAAUUGUUAUAUCCAGUGGUUUAUCUCUACUAGCAGCAGCAUUCGCACUAUUAAGAAGAUAUCCAACAUCUGAAGAAGAACAUUUCGAGAGACUUAUGGAAGAUUGGUCUAGUCGAGAAGAACCAUUAUUUAUUGAACGUGCGCUACCAGCGACCACCACGACAUCAAUUACAGAUGAACCACCUCCAAUUUAUUCCCCAGCCAAUGAAACUACUGAUAAAAAAGACCAACUUGAAAAGAAAUGGACAUCUGUUAUACGAUUACAAAAAAAGGUGAUGGAUCUCGAAACGAAAUUACAUGAAGCACAACAAGAAGCCACAACUGGAGGCCCCACUCGUGAUAAACGUUCACCAACUGAAUGGGUUCCUCGUCCUCCAGAAAAGUUUGAUCUAAAAGGCCAUCGUGAUCCUGUGACACGUGUUAUAUUUCAUCCAACAUUUUCACUAAUAGCAUCGGCAAGUGAAGAUGCAACAAUUAAAAUAUGGGAUUAUGAGACGGGUGAUCACGAUCGAACGUUAAAAGGGCAUACAGCGCCCGUACAAGAUAUUGCAUUUGAUCAUACUGGAAAAUGGCUUGUUUCUUGUUCUGCCGAUAUGAGUGUGAGACUGUGGGAUUUCCAGUCAUACCAGUGUGUGAAAACUAUGCAUGGUCAUGAUCACAAUGUAUCUUCCGUUACGUUUACUCCAAGUGGUGAUCAUAUUAUUUCCAGUAGUAGAGAUAAAACAAUCAAAAUUUGGGAAGUUUCAACCACAUUUUGUAUCAAAACAAUUACCGGUCAUAGAGAGUGGGUGCGUAUGGUGCGUGUUUAUCAUGAUGGUUCGCUAAUAGCCAGUUGUUCAAACGAUCAUACUGUUCGUGUGUGGGUAAUGUCAAGUGGAGACUGCAAAGCGGAAUUACGCGGCCAUGAUAACGCUAUCGAAUGUAUAGCAUGGGCACCUGAAAGUGCCGCACCGCACAUCGCUGAAGCAGCUGGAGAAGACGCUAAAAAACGAUCCGGUCCGUACUUGGUGUCCGGUGCACGAGAUAAAAUCAUCAAAGUCUGGGAUAAUGGACACGAUAAUUGGAUUCGGGGAUUAGUAUUUCAUCCUGGGGGAAAAUUUCUUUUAAGUUGUUCAGACGAUAAAACAUUAAGUAUAUGGGAUAUCAAAAAUAAACGCAAUACAAAAACAAUCGAAGCACAUUCUCAUUUUUGCACGUCUCUCGAUAUGCAUCGAAAUAAACCUUAUGUAAUUACUGGCAGUGUUGACUCAUCAAUCAAAGUAUGGGAAUGUCGUUAA